UGGAAUCCUUCCUACUUUCUAGUAGAGUAUAUUGGAGUAAUAUCCUCUCUCACUUCCCUUGUAAGACUCUCUCUCUCUCUCCCUCAUUGUGGUAAGAAGAAAACUGAGAUACGAAAGAGGAAAUGACGAGGAGAAUCGGAACUAAAAAUUGUACCGACGUCCGAUCGGAGCUGCUGUUUGCGCUGGAGAAGGAGGAGGGUAUUAUGGGCAACCAAGAUUAUAUCUCCGAACUUCCCGACGAGUGCUUGGCUUAUGUUUUCAAGUUCCUCUGCUCCAGCGACCGGAAAAACGCCUCCCUUGUCUCCAAACAGAUGCUGAAAGUCGAGGGACAGAGCCGCCGUCGGCUGACUCUCAGCGCUGCCCAAUCGGACCUCCUCCCCUCCCUGCUUUCCCGCUUCAACACCGUCACCGAGCUCGUCAUCCGAUGCCACCGCAGCUCCAUCAUCGACGUCGACGACAUGCUAAUUCUAAUCGGUAAGCACUGUGGUAAUAAUAGAAUUAAGGAACUAGUCCUAAUUGGUGUGAACGUGAGUUGUGUCGGCCUCGAAUCGGUAGCCAGGAAUUUCCCAAAAUUAGAGCAGUUAACUUUAUGCGGAAGGAGUAAGACGAGGAUUGGGGAUGCAGAAAUCUCGUAUGUUGCUUCGAAUUGUGUGGGGUUGAAGAAGCUAUGUAUCAAGGGGUGUCCUGUGACGGAUCAGGGGAUUAAAGCUUUUGCAUUUGGGUGUCCUAAUUUGGUAGAAAUUAAGAUUAAAAAGUGCAGGGGAGUGACAAGUGAGGUCGUGGGUUGGCUGGGGGCAAGGAGGGGAUCGUUGGUGGUGAAUUUGGAUGUGGGUGAGACUGGAGCUGGUUGGUUGGAGUUGGAUUCUGAAAGUGAUGGUGAUGAUGGUGGCGGUGGCGGUGGCGGUGGCGGUGGUGGUUUACAAGAAAAUGGUGUGGACAUUCCACCAAUGUUGGUGAGCCGCCAAGACAGUGAUGGGUGGCCGCCCAUUUUCAGGUCGAGGUUUUGGGAUUUUGGAGGUAAGAGGAAUUUCAUUUAGAGGCAACAAAGAACGUAAAAAAAAUAUGUGUAUACAGAGCUCUGUGUAAAAUAAAUUUGUGUAUACAGAAAUUUUGUGUUGGGCCUGUUUUUUUUCUUCUUUUCUCUAUGUAGAAGAACUAGAAGCCAUGGCGUCAGUCUACCUUUUGGUGGGGGGCCUGGUGGCUUUUGUAUGGAAUUUUCGUUUUGUACUGUAUACAAAGUUGUAUAUAAACAGCUAAUGUGAUACGUUGCGGUUAAGUAGGAA